CAACACACACAUGACCCGGGUCACAUGACGGUACGCCUCGGUACUACCUCCUGGUUCAAAGACUGGUUACACGGAGCGAGGCUAGCUGUUAGCUUCAACUGUCGAGACAGCCAAGAUGAGUUUCCUAGGAGGUUUGUUUGGGCCGGUAUGUGAGAUCGACGUCCUGCUGAACGAUGCAGAGAACAGAAAAACAGCCGAGUUGAAGACAGAAGAAGGGAAAGUGGAGAAACACUACCUGUUCUACGACGGAGAGUCUGUGUCUGGCAAGGUGAAUCUAAAUGUGAAGCAGGGAGGAAAACGUCUGGAGCACCAAGGCAUCCGCAUCGAGUUUGUUGGUCAGAUAGAGCUGUUCUCUGAUAAGAGCAACACCCAUGAGUUUGUGGACUUGGUGAAAGAGUUGGCUCUACCUGGAGAGCUCGCCCAGAACAGGAGCUACGACUUUGAGUUCAUGCAGGUGGAGAAGCCGUAUGAGACCUAUACUGGAGCCAAUGUCAGGCUAAGGUAUUUCCUCAGGGUGACAAUAGUCCGUCGUCUGUCUGACUUAGUGAAGGAGUACGAGCUGAUUGUCCACCAGUUGGCCACAUACCCAGACGUCAACAACUCGAUCAAGAUGGAGGUCGGCAUAGAAGACUGUCUGCACAUUGAGUUUGAAUACAAUAAAUCCAAAUACCACCUUAAGGACGUGAUUGUUGGGAAGAUCUACUUCCUGCUGGUCAGGAUCAAGAUCCAACACAUGGAGCUACAGCUCAUCAAGAAGGAGAUAACAGGCAUAGGUCCCAGUACUACCACCGAGACAGAGACGGUCGCAAAGUAUGAAAUCAUGGAUGGGGCUCCAGUUAAAGGAGAAUCAAUUCCCAUUAGACUGUUUCUGGCAGGAUACGACUUGACACCUACCAUGAGGGAUGUCAACAAGAAGUUCUCUGUACGCUACUUCCUCAAUCUGGUGCUAGUGGAUGAAGAGGACAGAAGAUACUUCAAACAACAGGAGAUUGUUUUGUGGAGAAAAGCUCCAGAGAAGAUUAGGAAAAAGAACUUCCAGCGCUACGAGUCUCCUGAGCCCCGCACCCAGCCAAUGAGCGCUGAGCAGCCGGAGAUGUGAGGUGGCGCUAUGAACUGAAAACACACACAGACACACACCAACUCUUCACUGCUGAACAGCCAGAAGUGUGAGAGCUACCACACUAUCUCCCUGGACUGAGAAUUGUAUACAUGAAUACACACAACAUACCUUCAGACAUCCACAUCACCACUCUAAAGCUUCAGAUGUGAGCUGUCUGCCCCCCCCCACCCCACUCUCCGCCGGACUGAAACACUUGCAUACCGACGCACAAGCAUAGAAUCCAAGAAGGCUGAAAGCUAAAUGUCAAGGCAAGAGUGCAAACGAGGAAGGAAUAGUGAGACAGCCGAUUUGAUCCUGGUGUCUCAGACGAGCGAAGCCAUAAAGCCUCCGUUUGUUGAUUGCAAAAUAAAACAUGAGCAAAGAGGGGAUGGCUACAGAUGACUACAACAUCGUUUAUCCCUUUCUACUGCAACAGGAGCUUUUUUGUUUGCAUAUUUGGACCGCACAGUUCAUGUCAUGUCUGAACGAAGGACAUGAGGCUAAGCUACAAGUUGAAAACAAGAUUUCCCCAGUUGUUGUUAAAUGUGUUGCAACAGGCGGUUUCUUCCAUGCAAAUGUCUGUGUAUUGCAACAAAUGUCCAUGUAGACAUAUAUUUAAUCUUCCAGCUAUUUAGUGAAAAUUAAAAAUAUCUGUAUCAUUUCAAUGUCCUUUACUUCCAAGUUAAUCAUUCAGAGCUGCAACUAAUCAUUUGGUUCCGCACAUUCUUGAUAAAUCUCUUAAAAUGUCAUUAAAAGUGAAAAACUAUUUCCGAAAGCCAGAGGUGACAUCGACAAAUGUCUCGUUUUGUCUGACCAGGAGUCCAAAAACAAUCACAUACUGGAGAGGAACACGUUGAAGGCUCGGUUUUUAAUAGAUAAAACAAGAGAUCUGCCAUCAAAACAGUCGAUUCACUAAUCGUUGCACAGACUUAAAUCCACUGCUUGACAAAGACUCUUAACUUCAAUACAUUUUAGUCUCAUCUUAUUAUCAAUAUUUAAUGCUGUUUUCACUGAUAAUCGUUCUCUGGCACAAGCCUUAGUUUGAUAUUACACGUGCUGUUUAUUUAUCAUUCAUCUUGAAGAAUAGAAAAACAUUUGUAGUUUGUCUUUCCUAAGUUAUUUUGAGUUGGUUCACUCACUUACAAAAAGAAGAUUUAUUUUCCCCCAAGAUGUCAGUGCUAUGAUCAGUACAGAUGAAAUGCCAGUGCCUCCAAAUGAUUGGGGUGGAAGAAGAAAUAUAAAGAGAUAUAUCAAAACUUAGACACACCUAAAAGCUGUAUUGCAAAAUGUAAUGAAAUAUGGUUAUAGGUCAUUUGAAAGUGUACACCUUUUUAUAAGUUCCUGCGUCGGCUGGUGACAGCUGACUCACGUCCCUAAAUGCAGGACUUCUCUUUUCUUUAGCAUCUUAAAUUCAAAGCUUAAAAUGCUGGAGGAAGUUGUCUGACUACUUGUAUCUGAAGAAAAUGUUCAUGUUAUCACCGCAUGAGCUUAAAUGAUUCAAAAUGAAACGAUGCUAGAUUUACUGUCAAUUUGUGAUUGCUGGUUUGGUAUAAGUAGAAUACUAAUGUUACAAAAAUGUCGUCUGAUAAGCACUGGAAGGGAUGCUGCAUCGCUUUACUGUAAAUCCAACAUUAUUCCACUGUGACGCUCAGACUGGGAGUUUAGGUCUUGCUUUAAAGACACACAAACUGUGGUGUUACCAGUUUGUGUGUAGGUUGCAUUGGCUCUUAAGCUCUGAACUGUGGCCAGGUUUGCACUUUCCCCUUUGAUGCUUAACUUUGUUAAAGAGGGGCAUGAAGGCUGAAGCUAAACAUUACUCAAGGGCAACUCCACCUCAGAGAUCCCCUGUGUCUAUAAUGGACAUUAUGCUGUCAUUUAUAUAUCACUACUUGAUUGAAUAAGUACAAUAUGUUGUUGCUUUUUGUCUCUUACAUGUGCAAGUCAUGCUGUCACAUUAUGUUGCAUUUCAUAAAACUCUGAACACUAACAUCUUCUGUUCAGAUGUAUUUGUUA